GUCCCCUCUACAUUUUCUGUUCGAUUACACCCUCGUUUACCUUCUAGAGCCGCUGACAAACUGAGUUUUUUCUGGGACUCUUUACGACAUGGAGACGACGAUGAUCUGCUCUCGUAAGGGGCACAAGUUCAUGUAGUGUUCAUUAUUGUUAGUCAAUCAAUCUUUGAGUCCGAUCGUGGUGUCGCUGUUUCGAAUCAGAGAAAAACUAGUCAUUUUCUAAACUUACGUGCAAUGACGCAAAGUGCACCCACUGAUCCCUCCCAAAAUCAUUUCAUAAUAAUGAUUGCAUUUCUAUUAUAAAAUACGAACGAUUUGCAAAGAAGUCAUUCGGUAGCACAUGUAGUGUGACUGGAUCAGAAGAAUGUAAUUAAGGUUUACCAUUUUAUUUUACUCUAGCUUUUCUUAAAGAACUCCACUGGUUCAAGUGUCUGCAGACACUUGAACCAGUCUGGAGUGACUCAGCGUAAGUCACCGCAUGGCGAUGGAUCGAGUUCUAAUAUUCCGAUCGAGAGAUCUCGUUGGGUUCGAACCGGCAGUUGUGGACAGGCCGAGACUGCUGCGUGCCAGGACAGCGAGAAUGAGGAACGCCUCCCUGGCUGGCCUCGCUGCACAACCCCUUGUCCCCGGACUCAAUUCCCCCAGCCUUAUAUAGUUUCUGGACACCAAUUCCAAACACACACAAAUUAUUUCACGAACCACGUGCACAGGGUUCAUAAAUCAGGAAGAUAUAUACGUCUGGACUCGCAGGAGCCAGUAUAUCUUUGUGUGUGCAGCUGUGACAGCAAACAGAUUGUGGUGACUUGUGGCAGCUGAUUCCUCCCUCAGAGUCUUCGUCUUCAAAUCAGAGCAUCAUGGACGCUCCAGUUUAUCAGAAUAUGUCCGCCACGGAACACAUCCAGAAACGAAAUGAGGACAGAGGAUGUUUGUACGCCUGCGCCUUCACUCUCUGUUGCUGCUUUUGUUGCUAUGAGACCUGUGAGUGUUGUCUCGACAUUCUAUGCUGCUGUUGUUGAAAAUAUAAGUUAUAAACAUGGAGCACUUCGAAGCUCGGCCGCUGUCCACUCUUGAUGGUUCGACUGACACCAGGCGGGAGCCAAUCUUCAAGAGGAAUAUGUAGUUCUUGACAUCCACGAAAAUACAUGUACAGAAAUGCUCAGCAUCCUGCUAGAAUUUUUUUGUUGAAACUUGUCGAUCCGCACGAAGGCAGCGGACUAUAAGCCUUUGAGUUUGGAUUCGAUCUUGACACUGGUCUAGCCAUGGAUAGGUUAGGUCCAGGCCGUCGAAGUGUUCGCAACUGUACAUAGUUAUACGCUAUUGAAUUGUGAGAUGAUUGCAACAAGUUCAUAAAUAAAGGGAGAUAAGCAAACUUUCUGGUUGCUCAUUCUGAAGCCU